UAAAAAAAAAAAAAAAAAAAAAAAAAAAAAAAAACAGGAGGAGGAAGAAAACCACACACUACCCUGGGUAGCUAUGGAGAUGGAGCCUUUUCCUGGCCGCUUUCUUUGACAGGCGUCGAGUAGGGGCUUAAAAAUCUUUCAAAAACGGAGUCCAACAUGUACGCCAAAGGGAAAGGAGCCGUGGUGCCGUCCGAUAGCCAAGCGCGAGAGAAGUUGGCUUUAUACGUCUACGAAUACUUGCUACAUGUUGGCGCUCAGAAAUCUGCACAGACCUUCUUGUCUGAGAUCCGGUGGGAGAAGAACAUUACUCUAGGAGAGCCCCCAGGAUUCCUGCAUUCGUGGUGGUGCGUGUUCUGGGAUCUGUACUGCGCCGCCCCGGACAGACGUGAGACCUGCGAGCAUUCCAGCGAGGCCAAGGCCUUCCAUGACUACAGCGCAGCAGCGGCGCCCAGCCCUGUAAUGGGGAACAUGCCCCCUAAUGAUGGCAUGCCUGGUGGACCCAUGCCCCCUGGCUUCUUUCAGGGCCCUCCCGGGUCGCAGCCGUCUCCCCACGCACAGCCUCCCCCACACAACCCCAGCAACCCCAUGAUGGGACCCCACGGCCAGCCUUUCAUGUCUCCACGGUACCCAGGUGGACCUCGGCCGUCCCUCCGCAUGCCAAACCAGCCUCCUGUCGGGGUUCCUGGGUCACAGCCACUCUUGCCAAACAAUCUGGACCCAACCAGACCACAAGGACACCCUAGCAUGGGUGGCCCGAUGAGAAUGAAUCCGCCUAGAGGGAUGGGCAGCAUGGGUCCUCAGAACUACGGUGCAAUGAGGCCACCUCCAAACUCUCUGGGUGGGCCAGGCAUGCCAGGAAUGAACAUGGGUCCAGGAGGAAGGGGUCCCUGGCCGAAUCCCAACACUAACUCGAUAGCGUACUCCUCCUCAUCUCCGGGCAACUACGUGGGUCCUCCAGGGGGAGGUGGUCCUCCAGGAACUCCCAUCAUGCCAAGUCCAGGAGAUUCGACGAACUCGAGCGAAAACAUAUACACAAUGAUGAACCCCAUCGGCCCCGGAGGCAACAGACCCAACUUCCCGAUGGGCCCGGGCCCUGACGGUCCGAUGGGAGGGAUGGGCUCCAUGGAGCCUCAUCAUAUGAACGGAUCAUUAGGGUCCGGUGACAUGGAUGGGUUGCCAAAGAACUCGCCCAGCAACAUGGCAGGCAUGAAUAACCCGCCGGGCACACCGCGAGACGACGGCGAGAUGGGCGGCAACUUCCUCAACCCAUUCCAAAGCGAAAGUUAUUCACCCAACAUGACGAUGAGCGUGUGAUUUUCUUUUAUUCUUUUUCUUUUUUUCUCCCUCCCCCUUCCUUUUUUAUUAUUAUUAUUAUUAUUAUAAUUAUUAUUAUUAUUGUUGUUAUUAUUAUUUCCUUUUAUUUUCCUUCCAUUUGUUCCUUUUGACAACACACCCCACGCCUCGUAGAACUUUGGGCCAGGCCGCGCAUCUUCACGGGACGCCGCUCGAAGCACGGGACUCGCUCCAAGAUGGCCGCCGGUGACAGGAAUCAGCCCCCGAGCCACAGGAAGAGCCUGCUGACUGCCUCGCUCUGCCUUCCUGUCUGGCUCAGGACACUGAAAGAAGGGGCUUUAAGAAGGCGCGCAUAUAUAUAUAUACCCCCUACCACACACACACACACUCACACUCACACACACAUAUGCGAAAGGACAGACUGAUGGACAGGAACGUGAACGUGUUUUUGGCUCAGCUCUUUUUAACUCACUCCAUCUUCUUCUCGUUCUUUCUUUUCUUUCUCGUUCCUUUUUAACGUGCUAGGUUUCACUGUGGGGACGUGUUGACGACCCCCACCUUGUUUUUUUGUUUGUUUGUUAGUCUUUUUUUUUGGGUUCCCCAUCCAUUUUAACGUGUACAUUUUAAAACACUCAUGAAGAUGUGACGGGCUAUGAACGUUUUCCAUUAUUUCUGUGUAUGUAUUGUAUUAUUAAUAAUUAUUGUUCUUUUUUUUAUUUUUAUUUUGUAUUAAUAUUGUAAUGAUAAUUGAUAAGGGUAUAUAUUUUUUUUUUUUUUUUUUUUUUUUUUUUCCUCAGAAGGGCACAUUUGUAUCUCAGUAACCAUGAAAUCGUCAGAGUAAGCACAUAUUCGUCACGAUACCCAGUGGAAACUCUAUGAUUUAUUAUUGUUGUUAUUAUUAUUAUUUUUGUGAAUUAGUUGAUGUGUUUUAUUCUAAUGUUCUUUGGGGGAAAAUUUCGAGCUUGGAGUAACUUAAUUUUUUUUUUUUUUUUACCCUACCCCCACCCGCACCCCCAUCACCACCACCAACAUGGCUUUGCGUGACUUUUUAUUCUCCUUUACGUAAUGUAGCGAUUUGAAAGAAAGCUCCACCCCCCGGGCGUCGAGCGUUUCUGAUAGUAAACUUCACUCCAUGACCGAUCUCUUUGCUGUUGCUGUGUUAUUAUGCUCUCUGUCCAGACGCUCUCUGAACAAUUAGAAAGCCAACAGCAGUUUGUGGCCUGUGUCAUGAUGUCACCGAUUGAAGAAGAAGAAAAAAGAAGAAUCUUCACUCCUAAGGCGAAAAUCCUGUUGUUUUUUUGUUUUUUAAUUGUGGUACUUUUUUUUUUUUUUUUGGCUACGCUCACGUUUUAUUUAUUCUCCCCACCCUUUCCCGACCCUCCUUCAUGUGUGUAUGUCUUGCAACAUGCAGCUUGCUUCAGGACAUUGUAAACAUGUAAAUAAUGCCAGUCUAAAGAUACCUCCUGCUGAAUGGACCCCUGUCCCGCCUGCAUGUUCCUGAAACAGGGCGUCUCGGGAAACGGUGGUGGAGGUGGAGGUGGGUGGGGAAACGGACGUCCGAUGUCGAGACACGCUUUUCUCAUUUAUAAUGGACUGAUGGAAAAGGAGCAUCAGUGGCAGCGCCCUCGGCUGUCCAGACACACGUCGUCUUCAGCACCUCGAGUGACGUUGAGGUGCCGCGUCUACGUCUGUUCCCAAGACGAGUGGAGGAAAAAAUCUUGAACGCCACUUGUCGGGUGUUUUUUUUUUUUGUUUUUUGUUUUUUGUUUUUUUUUUUGUUUUUUUGUUGGAUACGAAUGAAGACUACCUAGAGACAAGACACCUAAACACAGAGUCCUAUAACACGGAGGUCCAUCUUUCAUCUUUAACUCCCGUUGAAGCGUACUGAUCAGGAUUCAUCAAUGUUUUUGUUGUUCUUGUUGUCGUUUUUAAUACUUGUUGAACAGUUUUGGGCUUCAUUCUAGAUGUUUCCCAUCAUCCACCACUGCUAUUUCAUUUAUUAAUUAAGAGUUUCCAAACACUCUAACCUGCCCCCAUACUCGAAUCGCACCGCCUUGUACAUGAGGUCACCUCUUUAUUUGAGUUUUUUCUUCUUUUUUUUCCCCCCUCCCCUUCCCGUCCCCUUUCUCGAUCAUUUUGCUUCUUGUAAAUACUGUAAAAUGCAUUUUGAUAUCAUUGACAUGUUUUUUGAUAUUCCAAGUCCUGACAAAUGAACACAGCACUGGAGGGAGGGAAAGAGGGGGAGGGAAAAAAAAGUGUAAAGGUGUGAAGAAACCCACCUUUCCAGCUGAAGCUCUGAAAACUUCUACGCGAUCAGUGAAAAAGCAAAGAACUCAUCCUGUUGCACUGAUUAAUCCACAGAUGAAUGAUGAGAGGCAGUUCUGUAGCAGUCCUAACACACUCCUGUUUCAGCCUUGACCGAGUGCUCAGGAUCCCUUUUUAUUUUUGUUAUUUUUUUAUUUUUAUUUUUUUGGUUUUCACAUCCCCCAGUCAGACAGACAGAGACAGACAGACAGGCAGGGCGGCCAUACUUGUGCACUUUUCCAGAAAAAUGAUUGAACAAAUCAGAAACGUCAAGGGACCAGAGAUACAAACAGACUUUGUGAUGAAGGAUUUUUAUCUAUUUAAAAUAAAAUUUAAAAAAAAGUUUAAAAAAAAACCAAAUAAAUAAAUAAAAAUGCUUAAAAAAAAAUAAAAGAAAAAAAACGGGAGGAGGUAUUUCCUCUGCAUUCUGAGAUAUUUUCUAGGGUCAAAUCCCAAAUUGGACACUACUCGCGGUGUGAGGUAGAUUUUUCUACCCCCGACACCCUCAUCGCCCCCCCAUGUAGUGCACUUACCCAGGGAGUAGGGAGCAGUUUGGGAUUCAGCCAGUGUCUUCGCCCUGUUUUCCGUACAAAGUCUGUCCCAUCGGCCAUUUCUGUACUACUGUUGUGACUCUGUAUAAUAAUGUAACAUUAAGGAGAAAUGGAAGGGAGCUUCGUCGUUCCUCUGAUUUUUUAUUUUUUUUUCUUUCCCCGUUCGUUCAUUUUUUUUGUUUGUUUUUGGUCCCCCCCCCCCCCCCCCCCCCGGAGAAACGGAACAAGCAGUAUUGAGUAUGAAGCAGCGACCUCCUUCGAUUUUUGCUUUGGAUUUCACGUUAGACUAGACUGGCUCCUUGUCUUCUAGGGACUUUUUUCUGUGUCUCGUGUAGUUAAUGUUUCUUUCUAUUGUAAAAAUUUCUUUAGACUGAAAAGGACAAAAAAAAAAAAAUCACCAAACAAACAAACAAAAAAAAAAGUCGUUUACUUAAAAAAAAAAAAUGGAGAAAAAAAUGCAUCAAUAAUAAAUGUAAUUCUUUUCUUUUUUUCCAUGGAGUCGUCACUUAUUUUUGCUCGUGUCCCUUCGUUGUAGAUACAAAUUUAAGACUAAUAAAAAAUAACGUAAUCCCUUUUA